UAACAACUCCCCCACUUCUCACUCUCUCUCUCUCUCUCUCUCUCUCUCUCUCUCGGAGCAUCCAUGGCUGACCGUCACCAAAACCCAACACAAACCCAACAGCAGCAGCAGCCGCAGAGAGCUCGGAGACCCAGCCCUAACACCCCCACAAAUUCCUCAAUAUUCCUACGUAAACUCCAAGGCCAUGCACCCAACUCCACCCAGCUCGUCGGCUUUCUCACCCUCCUCGUCUCCGGCGCUAUUCUCCUCCUCCUCACUGGUCUUACCGUCACCGCUACCGUCCUCGGCCUAAUCAUCUUCACCCCUAUCAUCAUCAUCUCCAGUCCCAUAUGGGUUCCCCUCGGCGCUGUCCUCGUCCUCACGGCCGGCUUCUUCGUGUCCAUGUGCGGGUUUGGCGCCGCGGCCGUGGCUGGUUUGUCUUGGAUGUAUAGGUAUUUCAAGGGGAUGCACCCGCCCGGUUCGGACCGGGUUGACUACGCCAGGAGCCGGAUUUACGAUACGGCGAGCCAUGUCAAGGAUUAUGCUAGAGAGUACGGCGGGUAUUUGCACAGUAAGGUCAAGGAUGCAGCUCCCGGUGCUUAAACCAAAGAUCAAGCUAGAGGAUUUGGGUUUUUCUCACCGGUCCGGUUUAUUGUUGAAUGUUGAGCCUGCAGAUAUGUUGGGCCGGUUUUUUUUUUCUCCUUUACUUUUCAUGUCUCUGAUAUUUGGUUUGUUUGCUUUUUUCUUUUUUUAGUUUAAAAAAUUUUAUUUUUCA